GGGCCAUACAGCGGGGAGAUAAAAGUCCCACGAUCGUCAGGUGUUGCCAUACUUGCAACCACCCUGGAUACUCGACACUCCAUCCGCAUCCUCCAAGUGCCUUCCCAUCGCUCCCAGCCAACAUGCCCAAAGGAUUCCUGGUCAAAAGAAACAAGAGGUGUGCACAUGUUUCCUACAGGACUCGGCCGGACCACGAUGACCUCCGGGAGCCCACCCGCCUCACCCAAGCUGCCUUCCCGAGCCUGCACAUCCAGCCGUGCCUGCCGCCGACGUGCGCGGCGUCCAGCCCGGACCGCCCCGCAGCAUCCCCGGAUCUCGCAGCAGCCGACGCGUCGGUGCCAAAAACGGAGAAGCCGGCCCAGUUCGGCAACCCCGAGACGGUUUGCCAAGCCCUGUACAGCCCGACCCGGCCCAUCAGCAAGGAGCAAGACAGGGCGUAUUUCGAACGGAGCUUCAAUCUGGGCUCGCCCGUUUCUGCCGAGUCAUUCCCGACAUCCGCUUCCCUCUCCGGCCUGGACCACCUCCUGUACGCCCCGGUCGACCUGAAGAUCGGCACCAGCAACAGCAGCCGAAGCGGUACGAGCGGCAUCAGCAUCAGCAUCAGCACCAGCACCGGCACCGGCACCGGCACCGGCGGCGCAGUGGCGGCACCGAGCAACCGGCUCGCCGGCACCAAGAGACCCGCAGCCGACGGCGCGGAGCGCAAAGCCAAAGCCGCUCCCAAAAAACCUAAAGCCAUCCGAAAGCUCAACUUCGAAGACGAGAUGACCACCUCCCCCGUGCUGGGGCUGAAAAUCAAAGAGGGUCCGGUGGAGGCGAAGCCCAGUGCGCACGCGUCGGGAUCCGGAGCCGGCAAGCCUCUGGGGGAGUUCGUGUGUCAGCUCUGCAAGGAAGCCUACGCGGACCCCUUCUCGCUGGCCCAGCACAAAUGCUCCCGCAUCGUCCGGGUCGAGUACCGGUGCCCAGAGUGCGACAAGAUGUUCAGCUGCCCCGCCAACCUCGCCUCGCACCGCCGCUGGCACAAGCCCAGGAGCGGCGGCGCCCCGGCGGGACCGCCGCCCUCCAAACCGCCACCCGCGGCUGUCAAAUCCGCCUCCGAAGAAGCCAAAGACGCCAGCGACAGAGACACUGCGAGUCCAAGUCUGUCCGAGUCCGGUUCCGACGAGGGCUCGUACGACUGUCACUUGUGCGGGAAGAGGUUCAAGCGCCAAGCGUACCUAAGAAAACACGUCACGGGUCACCAGGUACUGCAGAAGAAAGUUCUGGAGGAGAACGGCUUCCCGGCGGAGCAGGUGCCGCUGCCCCCCUCCUCCUCCUCCGCCUCCCCGGAGGACGCCUCGAACCAAAGUCCCCUCAAUCUGAGCCCCGCCGAGCGCCUGCUGUGCCCCGUGUGCGCGGAGAGCUUCACCAGCAGGGCGGCCCACGAGAGGCACCUGCGCCUCGUGCACUCGUCCCAAACGUACCCGUGCAAGUACUGCCCCGCCACCUUGUACAGCUCGCCGGGACUGACCAGGCACAUCAACAAGUGCCACCCCUCGGAGAACCGCCAGGUGAUCCUGCUCCAAAUGCCCGUGCGGCCCGCCUGCUGAACGCAGAACUUGU